AUGAAGUUCCAUGAAGUUGCUGCUCAGUACAGUGAAGAUAAGGCACGGUCUGGGGUACAUUCACUCUUUUUUGAUCAUUAUAUUCUUCAGGGCGAUCUUGGUUGGAUGACUCGCGGUUCAAUGGUCGGUCCAUUUCAAGAUGCUGCUUUCGAGUUACCUAAGAGUACCUGUGACAAGCCCAUCUAUACAGAUCCACCUAUAAAAACUAAAUUUGGCUAUCAUAUCAUAAUGGUUGAGGGCAAGAAAUGA